UGGCCUCCCUCUGUGGAACACCAUUAGGGGGAUUCGCACUAGUGCAAACUGGAGGGCUUCUGUUUGCUUCUUUUCUUUAGCUAUCCUUGAUUUAUCAUUGUAUUAUUUAUUUUACGGUUAAACUAUAAACCUAAGUUGCAUCACCGGAUUUCUGCCCCAAGAGACCUCCUCCCUGCAGACUUGAUGGCGUUUUGCCCUUGGGCAUCAGCGGCCAUUCUGGGGCCAAGAGACACCACGGGGAACGGCGCGAGUGUGACAGGCAAUGAAAGCUACUGGUUGACUUAAAAAACCCUUGGGCUUCACAAAUCUGAAGACUUCCCAGAAUAAGGCACAAUGUCAACAGCAGGAGUUGCUGCUCAGGACAUUCGAGUCCCAUUGAAAGCUGGAUUUCUACAUAAUGGCCAAGCCCUGGGGAGUGUGAGGACCUGCUGGGGCAGUCGCAGGGAGUUUGAAAACAACUUCUUAAAUAUUGAUCCGAUAACCAUGGCCUACAGUCUGAACUCGCCUGCUCAGGAGCAUCUAACCACUGUUGGAUGUGCUUCGCGCUCUGCUCCAGUGAGCGGCCACUUCUUUGCAGAAUAUGGUCCGUCUCCAAAGUCAAGCUUGCCCCCUCUGAUUAUCUCCCCGAGUGAAAGCUCGGGACAGCGUGAAGAGGAUCAAGUUAUGUGUGGUUUUAAGAAACUCUCAGUGAAUGGGGUCUGUACUUCCACACCUCCGCUUACACCCAUAAAGGGCUGCCCUUCCCCGCUCCCCUGUGCAGCCCUGUGUGAUCGGGGCUCUCGGCCGCUCCCACCACUGCCCAUCUCUGAAGACCUAUUUCUGGAUGAGGCCGACUGUGAGGUAGAAUUUCUGACCAGCUCAGACACAGACUUCCUUUUAGAAGACUGUGCACCUUCAGAUUUCAGAUACGAUGUUCCAGGCAGGCGAAGCUUCCGUGGCUGUGGACAGAUCAACUAUGCGUAUUUUGACACCCCGACCGUUUCUGUGGCAGAUCUCAGCUGUGCGUCUGACCUGAGCAGAGUUGCUCCAGAUCCGACUCCUCCCCCACCUCAAAGCCAUCGCAGACUAAGGAGGUCUCACUCGGGACCAGCGGGGUCGUUCAACAAGCCAGCCAUCCGGAUAUCCAGCUACACACACAGAGCUUCUCCCAGCUCGGAUGAAGACAAGCCUGAGGUCCCUCCCAGGGUUCCUAUACCUCCUAGGCCAGCAAAGCCGGAUUACAGAAGGUGGUCAGCCGAAGUGACCUCCAGCACGUACAGUGAUGAAGACCGGCCUCCCAAAGUCCCCCCGAGAGAACCUCUGUCCCGGAGUAACUCCCGUACCCCAAGUCCUAAAAGCCUUCCAUCUUACCUCAAUGGGGUCAUGCCCCCAACACAGAGCUUUGCCCCUGACCCCAAGUAUGUCAGCAGCAAAGCCCUGCAGAGACAGAGCAGCGAAGGGUCUGCCAGCAAGGCUCCUUGCAUCCUGCCCAUUAUUGAAAAUGGGAAGAAAGUUAGUUCAACGCAUUAUUAUCUACUACCUGAGAGACCACCGUACCUAGACAAAUAUGAAAAGUAUUUUAGGGAAGCAGAAGAAACAAGCCCAAGCACCCAAAUUCAGCCAUUACCUGCUGCCUGUGGUAUGGCCUCUGCCGCAGAAAAGUUAGCCUCCAAAAUGAAAAUGGAUGUGGGUAGUCACGUGAAACGCAAACACUCUUCCUACGUGGUUUCUCCGUAAACAUGGAGGUCAUGGUUCAGCAGAAGUUACAUGGAAUGGAUGGCUCCCAGUUUUCCAGUUUGAGGCUCACAGAACAAUGUCAGGUUGCAAGAAGAAGUUGGUGGACUCCGCCUUAAUGAGAAAGGCUUGGAGCAGCUCUGAGGUGCUGUCACGCUGGAGUCCUGACUUACCAGCGUAGGAGAAAAAAGU